UCUGAUUUCCCAUAUCCGUUUUCAAGGGUUUUAAUAGUUUCAUCGUUCUCUCUCUCCAUUCGCUGCGCCUCCUUCUCCUAUCUAGGGUUUAUCAAUCCCAAAACCCUAACCCUAAUCCUCGAGAAGACUGCUCGUCGAUCUUGGGGAACUAUGGAUAGGUAUCACAGAGUGGAGAAGCCGCGGCCUGAGUCCGCGAUCAACGAGAACGAGAUCCGGAUCACCACCCAGGGCCUCAUUCGGAACUAUCUCACCUACGCCUCCAGCCUUCUUCAGGAAAAACGGACUGGGGAGAUAGUUUUGAAGGCAAUGGGUCAGGCAAUUAGUAAAACUGUGGCUAUUGCAGAAAUUCUGAAGAAAAGGAUACCUGGGUUGCAUCAAGAUACCACUAUUAGCUCGGUUAGCAUUACAGAUGUGUGGGAACCUAUUGAGGAGGGUCUAGUACCUUUGGAGAUGACGCGUCAUGUUUCAAUGAUUUCAAUAACUCUGUCUACAAGAGAGUUGAACAAGAACUCCCCCGGGUAUCAAGCUCCACUAUAUGCAGAACAACCAAGGCUACAAUCUAAGCAACAGCAGCUGCCACCACCGCAGCAGCAGCAACAACAUCAAAUUAAACAGCCUCAAGGUGAAAUUGAAGAGGCUUAUGGGCGAGGACGUGGUCGGGGAAGAGGAAGAGGAAGAGGUUGGGGAAGAGGUGGUUAUGGCGGAUAUGGUGGCUAUGGUAAUAACCAAGGAGGGUACAACAACAAUCAAGGGGGAUAUGGCAACAAUCAAGGUCGGUACAACCAGGGUGGAUAUGGCUAUAACCAAGGUGGAUACGGCAAUAACCAAGGCGGUUAUGGAAACCAAGGUGGGUAUGGCCGUAACCAAGGUGGGUAUGGUCGCAAUCAAGGUGGAUAUGGUUACAAUCAAGAAAAUGGUGGAUGGAACUCAAAUUGGGGUCAAGGCGGAGGUCGAGACAGAGGUGGUUACUGGUUAUCGUGGUGCAGGAUAUGAGAGGGGAAGAGGGGGUGGUGGCAGAGGCUAUGUUCGUGGCAGAGGGAGGAUGGGUGGCCGUGGGCGGGGAAACUAGGCCGAUGUGGUAUGGUGGUGGGAGCAAGCUCUUUUAUCUUAAUGCAUGCUUGGUUUAUGCUAAGGUGAGACGAAGAAAAGGAUCUAAGGUUAUGGGUAUGUUUUGUGAUGUGAGGUUGCUAUUAUGUCUGUUAGCUUGGGCUUGGUAUGCAAAGUGGUUCUGUGUUAUUUUAUAUUGAUAAGUGAAUCAGGUUGGCCGGUCUAGUUUGAAUUUUGUUCGGGUUUUUUUCUCAUGGUUGUUGGAAAAAGAACAAGGAGCAUGCUUGUUAUUCCUUGCUCUUGUUGAAACAAGACUCCCACCAGUGUAUUUAUGACUUCAUUUUUCAUAGUGUAUACACCAGUGGUAGCUCUUUUUCUCGUUUAAAUUCAUGAUAUUUUUCA